AAGAAGAAGAAGACGAGACUCCCAGAAACAACAAGCGCCGCAAGAAGCCGAAGAGUCGGACCCACACACACACACACUUUUGGCAUACUUCCGUAAAGACCGCGGAUGUCACGAUGGACACAAAGUUCACCAUUUCUGACAGCGAAUCAGAGCCCUCCGAGGAGGUAGAGGAGUCAGAAACUGACCAAUUGUACAGCACGCAGGAGCAGAACUCUCUUGGACACAACCUCACCGCACCUGAACUGAGAAUGGCAGCAAGCGGGCGGAUCAGGCUAAACUCAGAGUCCCAUGCCUCCACUGUCUCCAGAGAUGGGGCGCUCCAGGCUUGGGGAGAAAGCGAGGAUACUGUGCCCGGUGAUGGAACACCUUUCCGCGGUCGAUCCCAGUCAGCUCCCCCAGCCCUCUGGGCAGCCAAGAAAUAUGGCCGGCAGCUGCGGAGGAUGAGCGACGAGUUUGACAGCAUGCUGGACAAAGGGGGGAUGAGGAAGGUGAAGAGUGCAGGGGCGGCCCAACAGAUGCACCACUCUAAAAGCUGGUGGAGCUACCUCUUCAGCCACCAGGAGUCAGACGGAGAGAACAGCCAUCACGAAAACCACAGUAACCGCAAUGAGUAGGGACCGGGAGGGACAGAGUGGGAGGAGGUGAGGGAAGGGACGGGUGGUUUGGAAGCGACCAAAAGCCUGUAGAACAAUCUUGACAAGAACAUGGCCGACUGCACUCAGCAGGGGGAGAUGGACGGAGGCGUGGAAAAAUGGUGAAAGGUGGUUCCAGAUGCAGAGGCUAACUGGACAAACACUGGGUUGACACUGUACCAUUGUUUUUUGUUGUGUUUUUUUCUUUUGGCUAUUCAGUCAGCCUGUCAUAUUAGCUAUCUCAACUCUUAACACAACUGUGUUUUAUCUCGCCCGGAUAGACUGUUAGUAACCCCAGUUGAACCUCACCCGAAUUGACAGUUUCUAUGUUAAUGGUGGUGGUUAAUGGGAGAGGGAGAGGAGGGGGAAUAUCUCAUAUAGAGGCAAAGAUAAGAGUAGGAAAUGGUGGGGGUGACCUGUUUGGGUGCCAAGUACUGCCCCCCCCCCCCCAUCUCUGGAACAACCACUGUAACUGCACUGAACUAUAGCAAGAGGAAUAGGCAGGGAGAUAAAAACUAGGCAAUGACAGAUGGAUAGAGUUAGACGGGGUUUGUUUAAAGAACAUGAUAUAUAAGGGGAUUUAAGAAACCCACAGUUAAUUGAGGUUUCCUGUUUCAGUAGUUUCUCCCAUAAACACUAUGCAACGUAGAGGGAGAGAAAGUCUGGCCAGUUUAGUCACUGUGACCGCUUGCAUUUCGACUAAGCAGCCGUGCAACCUAAGGAACUGUUUGUCUCUGAUCUGAUAGAUUACGACAGGUAGGAACUACUUUAUAGAGCUGACUGUGACCACUGCAAUCAAAGUCCACAGAGGGGUGCCAAGUUUGCAGUUAUUUGUCUCCACACGUUUUUGAGGUUGUUUUUUUUUUUCCAGUUUCAAAGUAGAUAAACUGAGGCAGCUCCACAAACUGCCUGCUUGGCUCUAAAACUUUCUUUUCUUACUAGCUAUAGGAUACACAUGGAGCUAGCUAACUUUACUUGUAUGGCAGAAUAGUCUGUAGUUCACAAUGCACAGCGUCUUAAUUUACAGCCCCCUCCGUCAACAAGGAAGCAAAGGGUGAAUUUCCUCACACAUUCAAACUGAGCCAUUAUCUCUCGUUCUAUCUAGCAACGUACAAUCCAACAAAAUUUACAUAUGGCUGCACUCUGGUGGGGAAUACAAAAGAAUCUACCAUCAAUCACUUUGUACCUCUCAAAUUUUUAUAAUACAAUCUUGUACAAGGACAAUCUCUGAUAGGGCUGAAAUAGUGUUUUUUUAAAAUACUGAACUUCAGGGUUAUAUUUUAUCAGAUAAAAUGGAGAAUUAAAUUACAUAUUAAAAAGCACAAACCAAUGCGGAUCUACCUUAUGAAAGCCUCUGGCGCGCGAACAAAACAGACUUAGGGCUUUUAAAGUGUAAAUAUUUUGUUAAUAUUUUAAUGGAUGGCAGGGAUGGGGGAAUGAAGGUAACAUGGAUUAAUCACAAUCCUCUAUUUUACAUGUUCGAUCAAUUUAACAAUAGGCAGUGUACAAUCCAUGGCUCUCAGGAUGAAUAUUUUGUGGAUAUUAAAGAUUGGGAUGGGGAUGAAUUAUCCUGCUGUAUAAUGAGCCAACACACAAACCUUUAGCCCCAUUUACUCAGUGCACAUGAUAAAAGAUGGAUUUGGAAAGGGCAGCGAGCCACAUUUUAAAGCCUAUGAAACCAACAAGAACUGGAACCUGGUUUACCGAACCAGUGGCCAGUCCUGUUAGAUGAAAUGAAAAAUACAUGCAAAAAUGUGGCUGUAACUGCGUCAGGACUUUAACGUCAGGUGGAAAUGGGAUUCUUGAAGUCGGUCAAGACUUUUCUGAGCAGGGAGAGCUGACCUUGGAUCAGUUUCUCUAUUUGAAAGCCACACUGAAUUUAGUUUGCCGUUUCACACUGUAAUGAGCACGGUCAGAGAGGGAAGCAAUGGAUUUUGGGUAAUUUUGUUGUUCACUCUAUAUUGAUUUAGUAAUUGUGUGAUCUUUAAAUAUUCACCCCUAUUAAAGUUUAGUCUAGCGAAGACAAGCUUGCACUAGCUCCACUUGUAAAAUCAUAUUUUAUGCUUAGUACUUAGUACAGAGAAAGCCCCCAGUGAGAAACCCCAAGACCAGAACUUAAACUCAAUUACGCUUGACGAAUAUGAACUGAGGCUUGUUGUGACUUGUUUAAAAAUAUGUGAUUAUUGAAGAUGACAAUGAUAGAUUUGUUCGACUUGUGUCUUAUUCUCUUCCUCUCAGCUUGUAAGGUUCUUGGGGUUGUGUUGCAUGGGGUUCUGGUGUGCAGGUAAACGGGCUGCGUUCACGGUCGUCUUUGGUAUAUGACCUUUUCCCUUCCCUUCUCCCGUAACUCUUCUUGAACGGGCUUACGCACAACGACUGCUUGAGGAGAUAUUUCCUGACGAUCUGACACAGCCCUUCUCUUUGAUUCCAUUAAAGCUAGCAUCUGAUUGGGGCGUCCGGGUGGCAUAACGGUCUAUUCCGUUGCCUACCAACAUGGGGAUCGCGAGUUCAAAUCCCCGUGUUACCUCCGGCUUGGUCGGGCGUCCUACAGACACAAUUGGCCGUGUCUGCGGGUGGGAAGCCGCAUGUGGGCGUGUGUCCUGGUCGCUGCACUAGCGCCUCCUCUGGUCGGUCAGGGCACCUGUUCAGGGGGGAGGGAGAACUGGGGGGGAAUAGUGUGAUCCUCCCACGCGCUACGUCCCCCUGGCGAAACUCCUCACUGUCAGGUGAAAGGAAGCGGCUGGCGACUCCACCUGUAUCGGGGGAGGCUUGUGGUAGUCUGCAGCCCUCCCCGGAUCGGCAGAGGCAGUGGAGCAGCGACUGGGACGGCUCGGAAGAGUGGGGUAAUUGGCCAAGUACAAUUGGGGAGAAAAGGGGGGGGGGGGCCAAAAAAAUCUAGCAUCUGAUUGAUUACAAAUCCAUCCAGACUUGGCCACGUUAAAGACAGACGAGUUGUUUAAAUUUAAUUCACCCUUUCAGUGCCACCAGAUCCUGUAUAUAGUCUAAUGUUCCUGUCACACCUGUCAGUUUUACUUUGCCUGUGUCUAUUCCUGUCAAACAAAAAAGGAGUGAUUAAAAGGGUUUCUGAUGUUAAGAUAUCAAAUAUUUCAACGCUAGCUAACCGAGAUGUUGGAAAGGGAUGUCGAGCAUCCCAUUUGUUGACAGUGUUGUGGUUAUGCUGCCAGGGCCAGACAGACUGUACUCAAAAACAAACAAUAGAAAUCGCUGGCAAAGAAUAUGCACGUGACAUUGGCCUGGCAUGAAUUACCUCGGGAUCUCGGAGUUCAGCUGGAAUUUUGAAGAGUCAACGUUUGUGAUGAAAUGCCUUUUCGAACUUCCUCUAAACAUGCUGCAACUUCGUGACACAGAUUUGCCAGUGUUCUCCGUACACCUACAUACCCAACCACUGCCUUAAGCUUUGUGGCUCACCGUCACACAGAGAAGUUCAAGUAAAGCACAUUAGAGCUGGCUGUCACAAUCAUGGCAAAGUGUUUAAAGGGGUUUUCAAAACAUGCCUUGGUUAUUACACCGUUUGACAUGAGCAAAUGUGUCGCAACGAUCUGAACAGCUGUGACGAAAUGGUUUUGCUCUCUUUCCUGCAACUGUUAACGCUCGCCUCCAUUGCUUUGAGGGAAUGAGCAUCGUUUUGAACAUCGCAUAGCAUUUGUGACAUUGAACGCACCCUCAACUAACCUGCCGGUGCGCCUGUAGCUUUGCAACCAUCCUUACCUGGAUUAUUGAGCAUGCAUAAAGACAUCCUUGGUAUUACUUGAAUCUUUUAAGAUGUGUGUGGAGAAACUCGAACAAUGAAUAUUCCCUCUUUUUUUUUGGACUGCUUUUCAUUUUUAAUGCCUUUUGUAAAUGUAUUUUCUCUACUGCUGUGCCACUGCUGAUAUAUCCUGUCAUAAACAAUAAAGAAUUUUAUUAGUG